AAUAAUAAUAAUAAUAAUAAUAAUAAUAAGAAACUUGUCACUAAAUACAACAAUUCUUCUACAAUUUUAAGUGCUUAGUCAUGGUAUUUUUGUUGACAUCUGAAAAUUUGAUGCAUCUCAGGAAGGCAUGCUUCUACUCGAUAGCUGUCAUCUGGGCAUCAGUGGAAACUGGAUUUUUCUUUCAUGUAUCAUAUAGCUUAAGCCCAGAUGUGUGAACCUUCCAAUCAAUCCAUCCAUCCACAUGCGAAAGCUACGCCAAAUUGGUUCUCACAUUGACUGAUGAAAGUUGGCACCUUCAACAGCCUGAUUCUGUAGCUGAUGCAAGCAAUACUGUUUAUUUUUUCAGGCCCAUAACAGUUAAACAUCUUUUAAUUUUGUAAGAGAAACAUAGUUGGUGCCAUUCCAAUUGUGAUCAUUUCCAGACCCCCCAUGUGAUCAACGGUUCACACACAGCUAAGGUAUAAAGAAUACAAUCUCUGGUAUGAAUCUAAUCACCUUGGCUUCCCUUUCACAGAUUCAUUUUGCCGAACAUAUCAAUGCAUUCGAGAGUUCGUUGAGCUUUCAGAUACAAAAUAGGGAUGAUGGUUUGGCUGAGUUGGCAAUGAUGCUGAGUGUAAAAACCUUGAAUGAGAAAAGCACCUGUACAGCACGUGCUUGGGAAGGAACCUGCCGAUGUUUACAGAUAGAACUAUUCAUUUGGACCAUGCAGCAGUUCAUUCUAACCAUCCAUUUGAUGGCCACGAAUUGGAUGGUUAGGAUUGCGCGAUCAGUAGAGAUAUGCUCCAUCCACAAUGGGACUCACAAUUUGGAUGGUCAAGAUAGUUGCACAUCAGUGCCAUCUGCUUCUUACCUCCCACCGUCGAAAUAAAGGAAAAUGGACCCCUUCUCUUCAUCAUAUCCGUCGAGCGGUGGUGGGUCCUUGUCGUCCCCUCCAUCCAUCGAAGCUCUAAUAGAUCAGGUCAAGAACCAGCUUGCUCAAGCUUAUGCUGAGGAAUUCCUCGAGACGGUAAGGGAGAAAUGUGUUGCAAAGUGCAUCACAAAGCCAGGGACAAGCUUGAGUGGGAGCGUGCAUCACAAAGCCAGGGACAAGCUUGAGUGGGAGCGAGAGUAGUUGCAUCUCAAGAUGCGUGGAACGCUACAUUGAAGCCAUUGGUCUCAUCAGCGGAGCACUUUUCAGUUCCCCGUGAUAAUUUCCAUCCAAUCAAUCAUUCAGAUCUGCUAAAGGUUUUGAGAAACUGCAGCUGAAAGAUCAGGUAAUGGGUUUCGCCAUUAUUGACAUUUUCCAUUCAUCCUUUACGAUGCAGUGACUCUGAUCUGCUUUUGCAUCCCAGAGUAAAUUGUAGACUACAUUUAGUUUAACAUUUGGAUGGAUCAGUCGUUUGCAUUUGCCUCAUUGCAUGGUGCAUACUUCUUGAUUUUGAUCAAAUAGAAGCAACAAUUUCUCAUUCUAAGACAAGCAGUGUAUGUUUAUCGUCUUUUGACAACAUGCAUUGGCUACUAUUUUGUGCUAUUUUCUUAAUGUAUUUCCUU